AUGUCUUACGCAUAUCUUUUUAAGUACAUUAUUAUAGGAGAUACAGGUUAGUAAGAUGUCAACAUAGGUCGGCGUUGCUUUUUUGGAACGUUAUUUCUCAGUAAAAGCCAAGAAAAUAGGAUCCAUUUUAUAGAUCAAAAUGGACGCCAUUGAUCGCAAUGUGGCCUUCAAGAUCAUUUGUUCCCUGUUUUGACCCCUUUGUUUUUUUUUUCACGUUGAUCUAGGCGUUGGAAAAUCAUGCCUUUUACUGCAGUUUACAGAUAAACGUUUCCAACCUGUACAUGACCUCACAAUAGGUAAGUUUGCUUUGAAAAGAAGUUCACUUCUAACAUAUUUUGUGCCGGGCGUCAGUAGUGUAGAGGUUUAUUGAUUCAGGGGAAGGUAAAUCUUUACUUUUCUUUGUGUUUGUAUUAAACUGCGUAGGAAUAAAUUUAUAUUUUUACUUCAUUAAGGUGUUGAAUUUGGAGCUAGAAUGAUCACGAUUGAUGGAAAGCAGAUCAAGCUGCAAAUCUGGGAUACGGUGAGCUGAAAUUCCUUCGAGUUGUAGAUUCUACUAAGUGACAUCCUUGAACGAAAGCUAAUCUUAAAUGUUUAAAAAAUACUAAAAUUAUCAACACGCAAAAAUGGAAUAUGAAAUUCAGUUAAGUUAAAUUCGCUAUAUCUGUGUUCAAUAAAAUGGCUAUUGAUUGUUGAAAGCCACACUAAAUGGAAAAUGAUCAAAAUUGAACAAAAUGGAGUUAACUGAUGUAAGAUACAGGUGCCCAGUCAAAACAGUUUCAGCUGUAUUUUGUUUGAAUAGUUGUCGUAAUUAUCAAACAUAUUUAAAGCUCCUCUUGUUAGUUUGCCUCUGAGAAAACAUGUCAAUAAAAUUAUUGAUGUAUAUCAGAGGUGAUUAAUAGAGAAUAUCCGAAAUCUUUAUCAUAUCUUAUGCAAGCCAAUAUAAAAAGUGAAAUAUUGAUUAAAUAGAUUAAAUACUAUCUUUUAAAAAUUUUGAAAGUUUGCUUAUAGGAAGAUUUCUUUUUGGUAAAUGUUGGUUUUGUCACAAAUUUAAUAACUGUGGUUCUCGUUGAUUUAGAUACAGUGAAUUACUGUAAUUUAUAUUAAUUUUGUUGUUUGCACAUUGAUCAUCAUUCUUGUCAGAGUCAUUAUAUUACAAUGUUUUCCUGACAAGAGAUCAUGUUUGUACACGAUGAAGCUCAAUUAACCCUUGUGUCAAUUUAUAUUUCCUUUCAUUUUAUAAUUAUCACAAAAAUAAAAAGGAAGAAAACUGAAAAAUAGAUUUUAAUUGAACCUCUGUACCUACUGAAAUCAUUUUGUUUGUAUAGCUAACAUAUGGAGACAAACAUUUCCUAUCUGGUAAAUGGAAAUUAAUUUUAAUUUGAUUUUUAGCUCUUUUUUGUUUUACUUUGUCGGGAUGUUCUAAAAGUCAGGGAUUCCUUUAUGUGAAAAAUCAAAGGAUUGAUAAAUAUUUUAGUACUGGAUUUUAUUACCACCAUCUUAUGAAUUACUCCUGCUACAAAGCAGUUUAUACUGCUGAAAAUAUAGAUUUUAUCAUUUUUCAUAACAUCUGUGGGUAUGUGUGUGACUACAACCCUCCAAGUUAAAUUUUUUACUCAGUCACCAUUUGACAACCAACUCUUUUGGGUUAGGGAGACUUUUUAACGGGCGCGAUCCAUUCAACCAACCUUUCCAGAAAUUUCGGUCCAAAACUCAUUGGAUCAGUUCGGUCCAACCGGAAAAGUUUCGAAAAAACGGGUCCACCUUUUGAGGUGGUCCUCUUUUCCCGGUCGGACCGGUUGGAAUUUUGGUUGAAUGGAUCGCGUCCAACAAAUCAAGUCGCCAGCUCCAAAAUUUUAGGUGCCAUGGUGACCAAAAUGGUUGAAACUUAAUGGGUUGGACUAGCAUUAAUCCUAAAGUGCACUGUUGAACAUGGGUUAUAAUGUAAAGAUAAUAGUAAUCUCUCUUUAGCAAAAACUUCAAAGAAGGGCUGACCUUCCUGAGACAGACAUCAGUAGUUGGUUGCUGACCCCAACCAAACUUAAGUCUUUCUGUGUUGCGGUUCUAUUUUGUCCCUUGAUUCAAAUCUUGUUAUUUUCCUUUCUCUUUUGUUUAUGACAGUAGAUCUAAACAAGGGUAAUUGUGGUAUGAUUAAAUUAAAAUAUCUGUGACUUAUCUGACUGCAAGACAGUGACCACUGCCAGGCAGAGAAUUGGAGCUUGCCUUAAGUUUAAAGCAUUCAACCUUAAUAGAGUGGUUCAGUAAAAUAAUACUAUUUCUUUCUUUUUAUGAAAUUUGUAUGAAUGAUUGUUGUAUUUGUAGGCUGGCCAGGAGUCUUUUCGUUCUAUCACACGAUCUUACUACCGUGGUGCUGCAGGGGCUUUGUUAGUUUAUGACAUCACACGGUGAGUAGCAUACACUGUAACUGCCAGUAGUCAUGUUAAAAUAUUAUUAUUAAUCCGCGUACAAAUUCAAUGAACAUACUUAUUCUCGCUCUACUAUCCAGUUUUCGGAUAAAAAAUUCUCAGACGCACUUUUUUUGAACCAAUAAUUAAUAUGUGGACACUAAAUUUUUAAAAAAACUGAAGGAUCUGAUUCUUCAGUAUUUUGUUCAUUUGUAUUUCAUGUAAAAAGCAAAUUUCACCAGAACAUUGUAUCGCUAUUCCUAAAACCUCUAGUGACCCUCCUGAAUGUUUCCCCAAGUGCAAUGCAUGAUUCUAAUUUAUUGUUUAAGGCUGUUGGUUGAAACUUAUUACACAAGGACAUUUCUUUAAUGAAUGAUGAUAGCCAGUUUUCAUGUCCCUGGUUUUAUUUUUAUGGGUGCUUCUCUUUCUCCUCGCAGAAGAGACACAUUCAACCAUCUGACGACUUGGCUUGAGGAUGCUAGACAACAUUCUAGUUCAAAUAUGGUCAUCAUGUUGAUUGGAAACAAGAGGUGAGAACAAUAUUACUGUACCCCUUCAUUUCUCUAAAAAAAGGCCUUACCUAGUAGCUUUCAAUUUUGUUAUGUGCAUGUUAUAGCUCAGGAUGAAAUUCCGAUUAAAACCCUUGUUGGUUCUCAAUUUCUGUUGUCUCUUACCCUAAUUAUUCAUAAUCAUGAAUAAAGGAAAGGAAACUGAAAAUCAAACUAGGUUGAAACCAUAUAACUGAAUUUUAUUUGACCCACAACAUGUACUUUUAUAUUAUCAUUAUUAUCUGUUAUUAAUUCCUUUUUUGUUUGGCACACAGUGAUCUAGAGGCACGCCGAGAUGUUAGGAAAGAAGAGGUAAGGAUUCUCUAUGUAAACUGAACUAUCUAGCAGUGUGAUUGUGCCUAAAUUUACUAUUAUUUAGGCUUAUUAGCUGUUUUUUUACAGCAUUUGUGCACUUUAGCAUGUCUAGGCCUUGGCCGUCAGCAUGCCAAAAAGAACUUAAAGUAAAUUUCUUGAUAAUUUAUCUCAUUCUUGUGGUAAGUUUUGCUCAAAUAAUAUUAUUGUUCUUUAUUUGUACAGGGGGAAGCUUUUGCUAGGGAACAUGGCCUUAUUUUUAUGGAAACUUCUGCAAAGACUGCUGCAAAUGUCGAAGAGGUAAGAAUGUUUCAGUUCAUAACUUGACUAUUUGACAAGAUAAUUUACUGCCUUUCAAUAACAAGUAAAUCCAAGAAUAAUAUUCAACAUUAUUACAGUCAAUGUUAAUACUCAGUACAUGUGGCAAGUAUUAUUUAGAAGGAACUUUCAGUGGUGGUUUUUUAAGUAAGGUAGAUUUCAAUAUUGCUUUUGAUCAUUAUCUCAACUGUUGCUUUUGACUUGUAGGCUUUCAUCAACACAGCUAAGUAA